GAGCCGCUGGAGGAGCGUGGGCCCAGCACCAGUGGGGGCACAGGGACGCGGAACCCGCCCUCCUGGCCAUGGGAGGGGCCGUGGUGGACGAGGGCCCCACAGGUGUCAGGGCCCCUGACGGGGGCUGGGGCUGGGCCGUCCUCCUGGGCUGCUUCAUCAUCACAGGCUUCUCCUACGCCUUCCCCAAGGCGGUCAGCGUCUUCUUCAAGGAGCUCAUGCUUGAGUUUGGUAUCGGCUACAGCGACACAGCCUGGAUCUCCUCCAUCCUGCUGGCCAUGCUGUAUGGCACAGGCUUGGGUUUGUCGCUCAACUUCCAGCCCUCGCUCAUCAUGCUCAACCGUUACUUCAACAAGCGGCGCCCCAUCGCCAACGGGCUGGCGGCGGUGGACAUCUUCUCCCGCCCCGCCGCCGGCUUCAUCGCGGGGCUCCCCAAGGUGCGCCCCUACUCUGUCUACCUCUUCAGCUUCGCCAUGUUCUUCAACGGGUUCACCGACCUCACGGGCUCCACGGCCAGCGACUACGGGGGCCUGGUGGUCUUCUGCGUCUUCUUCGGCAUCUCCUACGGCAUGGUGGGCGCCCUGCAGUUCGAGGUGCUCAUGGCCAUCGUGGGCACCCACACCUUCUCCAGCGCCAUCGGCCUCGUGCUGCUGCUGGAGGCCAUAGCUGUGCUCAUCGGACCCCCGUCCGGAGGCCGCCUCCUGGACGCCACACACGUCUACCAGUACGUGUUCAUCCUGGCUGGGGCUGAGGUGCUGGCCGCCUCCCUGGUGCUGCUGCUCGGAAACUUCUUCUGCAUCAGGAGGCCUGCGGGGGCCACCAAGGAGGGCGAGAGCCCCAAGCCCCCUGCAGACGACAGGGACAACAGGGGCGGGGUGGACUCAAGGGAGGUGGAGCACUUCCUGAAGGCGGAGCCUGAGAAGAAAGGGGAGGUGGCUCACACCCCGGAAACCAGCGUCUGAGCUCAGAGCAGGGGGCGCAGGGAACCGGACGGAGGCUGUCAAGGUUCAUAUUUAUUUCACAAACAGGACUAUCUCAGGUUGGGGGCCCCCAGCAGGGGAUCGUCACCUGACCAGUUUCUCGGGGGAGGUGGCGGGUGGGAACCGUGUCAUUCCAAAGCAGAUCUGUGGUGAAGCCAAGCCCCAGGUUACAAGCUGUCAGCACCCGCACCCGGCCUGCUGACCCCAGGAGAGCCCGGUGCCCACAGCUGGGCUCAAGGACCGAGAAGCCCACCCUUCGGAGACUUUAAUCAGAGGGUGGGGCCAGGCCCGCCCUCCCUGACUGCACCCACCAUGCCCUUAGCCACCCUGAGUAUCUGGGGACAGCUCCCUUCUGCUCCCCUGGAAGUCUGGAAUAAACCUGCGUGUAGGAGGAGCGGA